CUGGUGCUGCAGCAGGUUUCCUUCCCUGGAGGCACUCACCUGAUCCCUGCAGGAAUGGGCCUGGAGCUCAGGGCUUCUCCACCAGUUGUGAUUCUGCUCCUGUCCCUGCUGGGUCUGGCUGCUGCUGGGAAGCUCCUGGUGGUGCCGGUGGAUGGGAGCCACUGGCUCAGCAUGCGGGAAGUGCUGGACAUCCUGACGCAGAGGGGACACGAGGUGGUCGUGGUGGCACCUGAAGUCUCCUUGCACAUCAAACCAUCAAAGACCUUUGUGAUGAAAACAUACCCAGUGCCUUUCACACAGGAAGAGAUGGAUGAAGUUUUCAAAGGGUCAAUCACGGAUUUAUUUAAAGGAGGAUCUUUUCUGGAAAGAGUUAUUAGGCAGUAUCAACAGGCAAAGAAGACCUCAGCUAUGUUCCUGGCCACCUGCACACACUUAAUCCACAACAAGGAGCUCAUCAGGUACCUCGAGGAGAGCAAGUUCGAUGCUGUCUUCACAGACCCUGUCCUACCCUGUGGGGCAAUCCUUGCAGAGUAUCUUUCCCUGCCUUCCGUGUAUUUCCUGCUUCAAAUUCCAUGUGGUUUGGAAUAUCAAGCCACCCAGUGCCCCAAUCCCGUUUCCUAUGUCCCCAGAGUAUUUACAGACCUCACAGACCGCAUGACCUUUCUUCAGAGGGUGAAGAACAUGCUCUAUGACAUCCCAAAUCUUUUCCUCUGCGAUAUUGUCUUCCAACCUUAUGCAGAACUGGCUUCAGAAUUCCUCAAGCGGGAGGUGACCGUGCCGGAUCUCCUGCGCCAGGCUUCCAUUUGGCUCAUGAAGCUGGACUUUGUCUUGCACUUCCCAAAACCCUUGAUGCCCAACAUGGUUUUGAUUAGCGGAGUAAAUUGUGCUUACAAGAAGCUAAAUCAGGUGGGUCACGCUCUGCUUUCUCUUGUUGUUCUUGUGGGCUUUGGAAAUCUCUAGGAAGCUGAAAGACAGCUUUUGUUAGAAAGGUGGAUUUCAAACUGCUCAUCUUUGGCAGAGAGGUGCCAGUUCUGGUGUCUGUGAAGGAUUAUCAGAGUAGAAAGGUGGAGAAAGUGUUGCAUAUGGAAUUAGCUCUGGGAGACUCUCCAUUGAUACUGUGCCUCUGCUCCAGUGUGCAUUUGGAUUGGAGUGAGUUCCUCAGAGCCUCUUCCAUCAAGGCUGUUGAUGUGAUGCAAGGCACAAUUUGAAUUGAGGACAUACUCAUUUAUCCUUUGAUCCAAUCUGACUGAUUUCCUCCACAAUUCUGUCUUCUUUCUUUCCUUUCAUGCAGGAUUUUCAAUGCUUUGAAUUAUCAUAGGCUCAUCAAAUACUGCCAUCUGGAAGGACAUUUGAGUUCUCUGAGAACCU